AUUCGCACUGGAGUGGGUGCCAGACUGCGACGGAGCAGAAGGGGAGGGAAGGGAAGCCGACGAAAGCGAAGGCGAACAACGGGACGAUGAUCGCUUUCCUCAAUCCAUAGCAAAGGAUCGAGAAGGGAGGAGAGGAGUAAAGUCGGGAGGGCAAACCAGAGAGGUGACAAAGGGCACCGAUUCGCCUCCUUUGGCUUUAAUGACAGUGAAAGCAACCAUAAAAGGAAGAGAAAGCGGCAUUCCCUCUCAUGGCGCUCGGCCCCUCUCGUUUGCCCAAAAAGAUGAGCACGGGGUCUUGUCGGUAAGCCGCCUACGGCUUUUUCCAGUUCGUGGCUCAGAUACCGGUUUCCCCUUCAUGCCCUUCCCCCACCCGUGAGUGAGAGAUGUGGCGAGAGUCUUGCGGAUUUCCGUGAACCCUAGACCCUGCAUAUGGUUUUUCCAAUUGAGUUAACGUCUCGCUGACGUUUGAUAUGGUAAAGAUAUUCCCUUUUGACUGCCUCUUAGUUAUAUUAGGGGGCUGGAUUUGAUGCAAUUGAGAAAGGAGCGAGCUUUGUAAGAUAUUGCACCACUGCCUUCAUUGUAGCUUUAACGUUGGUGCUGGUCUUUUGAAAUGAGUGGUCUUUCAUCACUUCUGUGAUAGUGCUUGCACCAGCUCUGCUUCAACUCCUUGUUUGCCGUGUGCAGCUCCAAGUAGAAGGAAUUGGUGGAAUGAAGAAACUGAUCUGAGCAAAUAAGCUACGUUCAGAAAUGGCUUCUGUGAUAUAUCAUCCUUCGUGCCUUCUUAUCCUGUCCAUGAUUUUGAUCCUUAUCCCAUACACAAACCAAUUGCAACCAUCGGAAGUCUUGUCCCUCCUGCGAAUCAAGCGGCUUAUUAACUACCCACCUAUUCUAAGUAGGUGGAACAUCGAGACAGACUUCUGCAGUUGUGAAUCAAACCCAUAUUUAACAGUUGUUUGCUAUGAAGAGAGUGUAACGCAGUUACACAUAGCAGGCAAUGGAAGUUCUCCGAUUCUUCCUCAAAGCUUCUCCAUUAACUCCUUAUUUGCUGCUCUUUACAAGCUGCCCAACCUGAAGGUCCUCUCUUUAACAUCACUAGGCCUAUGGGGUCCCCUACCUGGCAAGAUUUAUCGGUUAUCUUCUCUUGAAAUUCUCAACAUGAGCACAAAUUAUUUGUAUGGGUCAAUUCCUACGCAAGUUUCAAGAUUGAUAAAUCUCCAAACGUUGAUACUUGAUCAUAACAUGUUUAGUGGACGUAUUCCAUAUUUGUUAGGAGAUCUUCCACGAAUGACCGUGUUUAGAUUGAAGAACAACUCUCUCAGUGGCUCUCUGCCUGAUUCAUUUAGCAGAUUAAAGUCACUCAGAGUGCUUGUUUUGUCGUCCAAUAUAUUGUCUGCAGAGUUGCCAGAUCUCAGCAAUUUGACAUACCUUCAAGUUCUUGAUUUGGAGAAUAACUACUUUGGACCACGAUUUCCAAGCUUGGGAAGGAAGCUAAUAACACUUGUGUUGAGAAAGAACAAAUUUUCUGGCGGCUUGCCUGCUGAAGUAAAUAGUUACUAUUUUCUGGAAAAAAUGGACAUAUCUUCCAAUAGGUUUACUGGGCCUUUCAUGCCAGCAUUGUUGUCUCUCCCUUCACUUCACCAUCUUAGUAUUUCUGGGAACAGGUUUACUGGACUGCUUCUGCCAAGUAUGCCAUGCACCGAUGAGCUUGAAUAUGUGGAUUUGUCAUCAAAUCUUUUGACUGGGAGCCUGCCUACAUGCUUGAUUUCAAACUCAAAGAAUGUGGUUCGGUAUGCGGCAAAUUGUCUUGGGACUGAGGAUCAGAGCCAGCAUCCAUUCUCAUUCUGCCAUACCGAAGCAUUGGCUGUGGGAAUAGUAUCUCACAAAAGGAUGAAUACAUCAGGUGGCAAAAGAGCUUUUCUUAUUGUGGUCAUCGGAGGCAUUGUCGCAAGCAUUUCUCUGGUGAUGAUGGUUUUCUUUGCAAUUAGAAGAGCUAAGAUCAAGCAGACAACCAAAAAAAAUCCAAGGAGUACAUCAGAGCUUGCUUCAGUGGGGUAUUCUACCCAAUUUUUCCCUGAUGCAAGUCAUAUGCUGCAGACACUUGACAUUCCACCAUACAGACCUUUUUCAUUGAAGGAGCUUGAAGAUGCUACAAAAAAUUUUGACACAUCAAGUUUCAUUAGAGAAGGUCCUUAUGGUCAGAUGUACAGAGGAAAACUUAAAGAAGGUACCUUGGUGGCAAUAAGAUGCUUGAAGCUGAAAAAGGCUCAAAAUCCUCAGAUCUUUGACCGUCACAUUGAACUGAUCUCAAAGUUUAGACAUCACCAUCUAGUCAGUGCCCUUGGUCAUGGGUUUGAGUAUUAUCCCAAUGAAUUCUCUGUCAGCCGAUUGUUUCUUGUUUUCGAGUUCGUCUCAAGUAGAACAUUAAGAAGCAACGUUUCAGAGGGAGUAGAUAGUGAAAAGCUCACAUGGAUGCAGAGGCUAUCUGCUGUGAUUGGUAUUGUGAAAGGCAUUCAGUUUCUACACGGAGGUAUGAUGCCUGGUAUGUUUGGAAAUCAGCUUAAAAUCACAAAUAUCCUUUUGGAUCAGCACCUCGUUGCGAAAAUUGGCAGCUACAAUCUACCGACUCUAGCAGAGGAUAUGAAUUGCGAGCUGAUAAGAAAUUCUUCAUGUGGUUUACAAGAAACCAACGAAAGAUCUAAGUGCUUGGAUAAGGUUGACAUCUACGAUCUUGGUGUCAUCUUACUCGAGAUUAUAACUGGAAAACCAAUCAAAUGCGUCGGAGAGGCAGGCAAAAUCCAGAAUCAGCUACAAGAAAGCGCGACACUAGAAAUGGCAAGGAGGAGCUUUGUGGAUCCUGCAGUGAGCAACUCAUGCAACGAUGAAUCUUUGACGACGGUAAUGGGGAUUUGCUUGAGAUGCCUCUCCAAGGAUCCAACUCAGAGACCUUCGAUCGAGGAUGUGCUGUGGAACUUGCAAUUUGCUAUUCAAGUCCAAGAAUCACCAUCUCCACCAUCCCUGAUUCACUCACCACUUGAAUUCAAUUGCUGACUCCAUUGUCAAAUGUUAAAUUAUGGCACCUAUUCAGUCACUUGCUACUGCCCUACAUAGAUCUCCUAACUGUUGCAGUACUCUGUAUGUUGUUGAUAGUGCUAAAUUAUACAUUUAUUAUAAGGUGUAAAAGCCAUUCAGAAAAUCAGUUUUAGGAUCUGACAGAAAUUUGGAGCUUAAA